UUGCCGUCUUUCCUCCCAGAAACAACAUGACGAACAAGCUGUGUAAGCUUUUUGUCGGCGGGUUAAACGUGGAAACCGCCGACGAUGGCCUUCGUUCGUACUUCGAGCAGUACGGGACGCUGACUGACUGCGUCGUGGUCAUGAACCAGCAGCUCGGGCGCUCCCGCUGCUUCGGCUUCAUCACCUACUCCACGCCGGAGGAGGCCGACUCUGCAAUGGCCGCUAAGCCCCAUGUGCUCGACGGCAACAACGUGGAGCUGAAACGGGCCAUAGCCCGAGAGGACGCCAACAACCCGGACAUCCUCGCUAACGUGAAGAAGGUCUUCGUCGGAGGCGUGAAGGACCACAUCCAGGAGGACCAUCUGACCGAGUACUUCUCGCGGUUCGGCGUCGUGGAGAAGUCUGAAAUCAUGACGGACAAGCAGGGCCGGAGGAGAGGCUUCGGCUUUGUCUACUUCGACGACACCGACUCUGCCACCAAGGCGGUGCUCGACAAGUACCACACGGUGGAGGGCAACAAGGUGGAGGUGAAGAAGGCGCUCACCAAGCAGGAGAUGUCCGGAGGAGGCCGCGGAGGAAGGGGCCGAGGAAGAGGAAUGCCGAGCUACGGUGGCGGGAGAGGAGGCGGCGGCUACGGAGGAGGCUACGAAGGAGGCUACGAAGGGGGCUACGGCUAUGGCGGCGGUUACUACGGAGAUGGCGGCGGCUACGGAGGGUACGGAGGCUACAACGGUUAUGACGGCCAGGUGGGAGGCGGGUACAGCAACGGAGACUUUGGGGAGGGCUACGGACAGCAGCAGUCGAGCUUCGGCGCCAUGAAGGGAGAUAAUUUCUCCUACAGGAGCGGGGCUCCCUACAGAGGAGGCUCGGGAGGCGGCAUGGGCCCCGGGGACCGGGGUGGGGGCUUCGGCGGGGGCUACUAGCGGCGCCACGGCCGCUCAGCAGAUGUGUUCAUGUGGACAGAUGUGGAUGGACCCACAGCCAUGAUUUGUGUCUUGUUCCGUUAAGCUGUAAUCUGCUUCCUGCAGCAGCGGGAUUAUCAUGAACUCAGGGUUGAAUGAGGUUAUGAAAAAUGUUUGUGUCGCUCAGAUCUCAACUGUUCACUGUUUGUAAUGUGUUUGUUUCUUUGCCGUCCCAUUGUUGGCUUUUUAGAUCAAAACUGCUCAUUUUCCCUUUUUAUGAUUUGUUUUAUU